AUGAUUAUUCAACUUAUUUUACUUAUCAUAACUAUUACCGGUAUUGUCGAUUCGUCAAACAUCCGAUUUAUAAGUGGAGAACUCGAUUCCAUCAUUUCACUUCGAUGUGAAAUCGCUCAAUUACCUCCAAAUGCUGUUAUUACUUGGGUAUAUCGUCCAAGAGCUCCUACAAUCGAUGGUAUAAAAUGGUUACCAUUAUAUGCAAAUGCACGUCGUUUAACACAAAAUAAUCAACGUUUCAUAGUUGAUUAUAGUGGUUAUAAUCUUCAGACAGAAAAACACUUAUCAAUAUUAACUAUAAAUAAAUUAAAUGUAUCUGAUGAAGGUAUUUAUAUGUGUAAAUCAAAUCAAUAUCAAUCAUCAGCAAAUAAUUUUAAUUUAACUGUUAUUCCUUUAAUGAAAAUCUUGCCAAAUGAUGGAAUUAUUGAAUUAAAUCAUUUACAACGUUCAAUUAAUUUAUCAUGUACAAUACGUGAAUUAGAUCAAAAUAUAAUUGAUCCAUUAAAAAUCAAAUGGUAUCAUAAUAAACAUGAAAUAAGUCAUCAAAGAAAUUCACAUUUAAUUAAUAAAUAUUCUCAUAAUAAUCAAGCAACAUUAAUAUUAUAUAUACAUAAUUUAUCUACGAAUGAUUCAGGAUUAUUCACAUGUAACUAUGAUAAUGGAUUAAUAAUUAAAGAUGUACAAAUAGUUUAUACAUCUGCGGUACUCGAAUAUUCAAGAUCGAUGAGUAGCAAACUAAUGUCUACAUGGUUAUUAUUAGUUUUCAUCAUGAUCAUCAUUUUUAUUAUACGAUGA